UAGAAUAUUAGUGAUUAUGUAAAUUGUAGGCUUCAAGGAAAUCUGAAAGAUAUUGUAAUCUUACUGUGUAUCUACUUAAAAAAAUCACAGCAUAAUUUUUAUCAGUCUUCUUCAGUUACUGAGAGAAUGGCAUUAGCGGUGUCAUUUUGUUAUCACAGAGAAAACCAAGUAACUGUUUGUCAUCUUUCACUGACACAUAUUACCUGUCAUUAAAAUAGUAUUGAAAAGUAUUGAGAUACAGUAUUAAUGUAAUCACUUUAGUGGAAAACCGUAACAAAAGUGAUUUAAUUUUUUUCUCAUCACCAAGUUCUGACACAGAAAAAACUAACAGGCAUAUGAUAAUGGUCACUAUAAAACAUUAAACUCAGGAAAAAUAAAAAAUAUUUAAAUUCUAAUAAGCAAUGCAUUUACUUUUACUGGUUUUCAAAAUGGAGAAAAUGAGCUAAUUAAACAAGUCUGCAUUUUGAAGGGACAUUUUCCGUUACAUAACAAGAAAAGUAUAAAAUUAAGUAUAUUAUAUACUAAUUCUCAUAACCCAACAGAUACAGCUGUGCUUUAAAAACACAGAGAAAACGUAAUUACCUAAUUUAGCUUGGUAAAAGCUACUUUUUCUUGGCUUUUUGCCCAGAAUAUGCUUAUUUCUUCUGCAAAAAACACUAUGGCAAACUCUAAAAAAGAAAAGGAACAUGUUGCAGAGAACAUAUUCAUUAUAAAUACAACAUACUUAAGGAUUGCUGCCUUCAGUAAUCAGUAAUAGAAAUUCACAUUAAUCUGUACAAAGAGAAUAAUACCUUGAUAGUAAAAAAAUUUUAUUGACAAAACAGGAGCAGGCAGUCCUGGCCUGAGAGCCAGGUUUGAACACCAUUGUGGAAAGGAUCUCCUGAAGUCCUGAGAAUCUGAAUUUUCACUUUUAGUUUUAUAGAAAUCAGUGAGAUAACUACUGACUAAAACUUUGUAGAACUUUUUGAAUGUCAACAUAUUAAUACAAAAUAUUCAAAAGGUUCUCUUAAGAAGAUAUUUUUUCCCCUUGUACAUCCAAGAAGAAACUCUACCAUCUGACUGACCUAUAUAAUGGUCUACAGCUGGGGUAAUACUGCAGUGGAAGAUUAGCUAAUGCAGAAAACAAGAGCCCUUAGAAUUUCUGGUUUUGUCUGCUGAGGUUGAACGUUUCAGAAACGUCCAUCAAACUUUCAACUUUUACAGUGAUUCAGGCACAAGCCUUUUAGCCUUUUUUUUUUCCCAAUCACAGAACGGUAGGGUUGGAAAGGACCUUUGGACGUCAUCUAGUCCAACUCCCUGCUAAAGCAGGUUCACCUAGAGCAGGUUGCACAAGAAUGCAUCCAGGCGAGUUUUGAAUACCUCCAGAGGAGGCUCCAAAACCUCUCUGGGCAGCCUGUUCCAACGCUCUGCCACCUUCAAAGUAAAGAAGUUUUGCCUUAUGCUGAGACGAAAUUUCCUCUGUUCCAGUUUCUGCCCGUUGCCCCUUGUCCUGUUGCUGGGCACCACUGAAAAAGAGUCUGGCCCCAUCCUCUUGACACCUGCCUUUAGAUAUUUAUAUGCAUUGAUGAGACCCCCCUCAGUCUUCUCUUCUCAGGCUAAACAGACACCCAUGUUUUUCAGCCUUUCUUCAUAGGAGAGGUGCUCCAUUCCCCUGAUCAUCUUUGUAGCCCUGUGCAUCUUUGUUGCUCUAAUGCACGGCAUAACUUGUAAAAGGACUGAUAAAGGUACAUAUGUUAUUUAUAAAAAAAGUCAUAUUCUAUCGCCACCUUUGGAGUCAGUUGUAAUGGGACAUAUAGCCUAAACCAUCAUAUUUUCUGUUUCUUCAUGUAGUAUGGAAUAUGAAAAUUACUGGUGUACUUUCCAGUGCCAUAAUGCUAAAACUUUUUCAUUCUGUGCCUUUUAAUGCACUGUUCAUUAAAUAAGUAUCUAUUCUAUUAGAUACUGAAACUGUUUUGUCCACAGAAUAUGUUCAGUAGUGAAAAUAACCAGUUAAGUUUCCCCAGUUCAUCACACUAUAGUAUGUCAUUCACAACCUGGAUGCUCCGCCUUAGUUUUUGCCACUUUACACCAUGUCUUCUCAGCACCUUACAGCAACUGCAGAGCGGACUGCCCAAAAGCUUAUCUUCUCCUUCUAUCCAGACCUGGGAGCGGUUAGAUUUUCACUGUCCAGUCAGUUCUCGAUUCAUUUUCUGUGAUGAUGCAGAAGACUGGCAAGUGGUGCCAACUAAACAUGCCGCUGCUGGUGUUUUGAGGACACAGCCUGAGGCACCGAGCCCAAGGUCACCACGCAGGCAGGGCGAGCGACCUCAUUCGGCCUGCAGAACCAAAGGCCAAGAGGCAAAGGCUCCACCCUCGGCGCUGCUCCGAGACCGGCAUCAGUCGGUGAUUCCAGUGGCGUCGGGCUUCCGUGACCAGCCCGUACCGGUUGAAAGAUGGACGACGAUGACUUUGGAGGGUUUGAGGCAGCAGAGAGUUAUGAGUUCGGAAAUGGUGAAAAGCAGACUACAUCCCCUGCUAUUGCUUGGGCAGCAUUUCCUACAGUGUCUGAAGUCCGUAUAUCUCCUGAUGUUCUUCUGGAGCACUCUGUGCCUUCUUCCUGCCUCGUUUCUUCUGACUCAUUCAGUUUAUCAGGUGAUAACGUGGCAACAGCUAUUCAAACAGCCAACAAUGUUACAAAGCCAGCUGUUAUUGAAGAACAGAUUCAAGCAGAUAUUCCAGUUUCCUCUUUGAAUGUAAUUGAAGACAAGACUUUAGUUACAUCAGCCAUUGCUUUGGUUGAUGAUGAGACUCAGAGAACAAAUGAAACAAAGAGCUACCUUCAACAAGCUGUUGCAAACCUAGAAAUCAAGCUUUGUACUGCUGAAGAAGAAAAAUUAAAAAUUAAAAAGGAAUUAGAAUAUUUACUGGAAAAACAUAGUAUUCUUGAAAUGGAUUUCUUGAAAGAAAAAAAAGAGAAAGUGAUUUCACAUCAAGAUCAUUACAAGACGCUCCAGGAAAAGCAUAAGCAGGAGUUAGAAGACAUGAGAAAAACUGGACAUGAAGCCUUGAGUAUUAUCGUUGAAGAAUUCAAGGCACUGCUACAAUCUACAGUUCAACAGCAAGAAGCAGCUAUUGAAAAACAGUAUAUACUAGCAAUUGAAAAACAUUCUCACAAAUGUGAAGAACUUCUUAACGCUCAGCAUCAGCGACUUCUCAACAUUUUGGAAGAAGAGAAGGAAGUGUUAUCAGAAAAAAUAGAAGAAGCUUUGAUGCAGCAGUCAAAAAAACACAAGGAAGUGCUUGACAAAUGUUUGGAUGAAGAAAGACAAAGAAGUAAGGAGGCUGUGGCAGCUGCUGCAAAGGUUGAGAGAGAAGUAGUGCGGGAGGCUGUACUGAAAGCAGUAGAGGAGGAGAGGAGAAAUAUGGAGAAGAUCCAUGCAGAAGAAAGAAAAAUGUGGGAAGCAGAACGUGACAGACAUAAAGAGAAGAUUGCCCAGGCUGUUUGGGAAGCAAUGGAAGAUCAAAGAAAGCAUAAUCAAGAAAUUGUCAAGGAAGCAUUAAUGGAGGAGCAAAAACGAAAUGAAAAGGCAAUUGAAGAAGCAGUGAAAAGGACAAGAGAGGAACUGAUGGAAUAUAUUAAAGAGCAGAAAAGGGUGCUUGCUGUUUGCCUCUGGUAAACAUGGAUGCUGCACUAGAUGGACAUUGGUCUGACAUGUAC